AUGCGCCGCUCCAUUGUGGCUGUUUCGGCCGCGGUGCUGGCUGGCUCGGCCAUUUUAGUGGCUGCUUCGGCCACGGUAGCAAUGUCAAGCUUGGAAACCGGGGCCAAAUUCAGAUGGCGUAGUUCGAGCAAAAAAUGGUGUAACAUGUUCCUCGUCUCAGAUGGCCAGCCAGAGCUAGGGUCAUGGUUGGAUGUGAAGCAGCAACCUUGGGGUGUUGAUUGUAAAGUGUGCAAGGAAACUGGGGUUUCCAAUCCUUUCGCUUCUUAUUCAAUGACCAAGAAGGGCCAACUGCAGAACUGCAAUUUGAUGAAGCACCAUAAAAGCAAGGCGCACAAGGCAGCGGUGAAGGAAUGGUUGAAGGAAGGGGGCUGUGUUGGUCCUAGUCCCGAUGCAGCCCUGUCAUUGAGUCAGUUUCAAGAGCUGAUGGAGUGCUUUGGCGAGAAAAGAUCAUUGACGCAAAAAGAGCUGCAAAUGGCAUGGUGUUUGGCAGAGGGGUUAAAAGCUUUGGACCAAACGUUCAUUGCGAAAUCUUCUCACAUUUCUUUGAUGCGGGAUGAGCGGCAUGGGCGGUUGGCCAUACGAUUCAUGGCUGUGGCCCCAGACUUGACAACUCGAAGUGGUUUUUUAGGCCAAGCAAGGCAAGCUGGAACAGGAGCUGCCAAUGUCUCCUUAGCCACAUGGGCAGUCAUGAAGCGUGCUUGCUCUAGAUUUUAUAUGGCUCCUCUUAGUCAGAAUCCUGGGCGUUUGAAGAAAAAUCUUUGUAAACACCUGCGGUCAAGAGUUGUGGCACUCGCUGCUGAUGCAGCAGCAGAUGAAAUGGCAAGCUGUGAAAUAUUAAGGUCAGCACACUUGAGUUUGAAUACAGAAGACAACCAGCCAAUGCUGCCAAACUUGAGGUCAGAAGAGCCACCUGGGUAUUUCAACUCACCCAAGCUGCUGCGGCCGAGGCUUGAGAUUACGGGCGUAGUCAGGCUGCUUCGGCCUGCUCCCACAGAAGCUUGGCUGCUUCGGCCAAAUCGCCUGGCUGUUUCGGCCAGCAAGGGUUUCGAGAAGACAGACUGCAAUUGGGGAUUGGGCUUCCUUUCAUCACUGACUGGCCCGCCUGACACCGACAGGGAGACUGAGUUUUCCGGCAUUGACAGAUUCACAGACCGCACACCCACAGAAAGCAACUGGAAGAACAUCCCUGAUCGACAUUGGCACAUUCCUCUCUGGCACAGGAGUGAGGGUUACACUCUUGUCAUGGAGGGUGUUGAAGUGUCUCAUGACUGGGUUCCAACCUUUCUCCAACAGUGUGACACGAAGCAACAUGACACGCGGCCAGAAACAUGCUUGAGAGCAAAAGACUGGCGUGCUGUACCUAAGCCUGUAGUGAAGCGCAGCAUCAAAAGAGCUUAUGUCAGGGCGGUGAAACAUGGAGUUGCAUGGUAUAAAGGUAGAUGCCUGACACCAACAGCCUUUCCAAAAGCUCUGCAACAGCAUCAACCAGACCAUGCCUUGCCAGAGCGGGACAAACCGUCCCCACAACUCACCAGUUGCAAUCGAAAACAUCAAGAUGCCAAACGCUUUCGGCUUCUCCAAUGGAAUGCAGGUGGACUGUCCACUCAUAGGCUUGACUCCAUAAAGGUCUGGAUGCAGGAGAAUCACAUUGAUGCCACUGUGAUUGCAGAAACGAGAUGGACAUAUGAGAAUGAGUGGAGUGAUGGAGAUUUCCAUUACAUCCACACGGGCGACCCAAAGAACCGUGGAGCUGGCCUGCCGUUCACUGCUGAUGACUUGGAACGUGAGAUGCGCCGCAUUGAUCCGACCAAAGCAGUUGCACGAGUACGUCAGGGUUGCCGUGCAGCUCCCCUCUUAUGGAAUGGGUACAUGUGGCUUUUCCUGACAGAACUGAGCCGUAUUGUCCAACCACAGUGGAUCCUCAAAUGCUUGAAUGUCUUUGCUGACGAUUGCCAGAUGGGUGAUGAAUUCCGUUCCCACGAGGAACUCAACACAUUGCUGCACAACAUCAAUCAGACGCUGAUACUUCUGCAGAAGUUUGGACUGACCAUCAAUCCAUCGAAAUGCACCGCCUUGCUCACCAUGGGAGGCACUUCACACAGACAGGUGCGCUCCAAACUGACUGCAUGGCGAGAUGGGAAAGAAUGGCUGCGUUUUGGCACUGCUGACCAUCCUCUUUGGAUUCCGAUAGAACAUCAAGCCAGGUAUUUGGGCACUGUGAUCACAUAUGCCAAUCAUGAACUUGCCACAGUGAAACAUCGCAUCAAUCUUGCACGUGUUGCUUUUGGCCGACUGAAGCGCUGGCUUACUGGCAAGAGAGGUUCAGAGGUUCUCAUUGCCCCGGACGUCCAAGACGUGUUGCAAGCUGGACCUCCUGACUGUUGGAGCAAGUCCGAUCCACUGGCAGCUGACCUGCUGCAUCCUGAGCAAAUGUUUGCACCCAAACAGGAUCCAUCAGUCCGUGGUACUGCCAUGCUGACAGAUGCUGACCUGCUCAACAUAUUGGGCCAGGAGUGGGGACGCCGUGUUCUCACCAUUGUUGGGUCACGCACCUGGCACCAUAUGAAGAAGGAGACAGCUGCAUGCAAGUAUCUGACCAACAGAUGCUGCCUUUGCGAUCAGUUCGUAGGCCGCACACAAGAAAUGAAUCGACACUACAAACUGCAUCACCCAGAGUUUUGGCCAAACAUGCAAAGCAAAGGGCAUCAACUCACCAACCUUUAUGGUGAGGAACCUCCAUGCCCCUUUUGCAACGAGCUCUUCAAGGCCAAUCAUCAAUGUCCGAUCUGGACACAACUGGCAAUGUUAUUAAUUUACGGAGGAGGCCUGACGUCAGACCAGACUCCUGCACCUGUGACCUUGCGUUGUGAAAUUUGCAUGGAAACAUUUGACAGCAGUGACAAAUUGCAUGAACACUUGACUGGUGUCCAUCACUUGAGAAGCCAGAGCUUCAACCCAGCACGAGACACGCUGGAUGGAGAGCCGGUGUGCAAUCACUGCUACAAGAUGUACGACAGCCUGGAAUCCCUGCGCUCUCACAUAAACCAAGGCAGGUGUAUGAAAUUUUGCCCAGACCUUCCAACAGAAGUCAUUGAUGUCCAACCUCAAUGGGUCAAAGCAAUGUGUGAGGGACUCCUGGUGGACACACUCCGUGAUGCACAUGUCCGACUUCAAUUAACCUUGAGAUGCCAGAACUGCAGCAGCCGUUACACACGGCCCAUGGACUUGGCAGGCCACCUUCAAACCGCACAUGGCCGGCUUUGGUCGGCCUCUCAGGGUCUGACCAAUCUCAUGGUACAACUGCUGUACAACCAAUUAGGUUGCCUGUGCAACCCGAGCACGGGAGCACACAGAGCAAGUCACGUCUGUCUGCCCAUCAGACAGCUAUGCAUGCAGUACAUGAGAACCCCUGGCCUCAUCGACCCACAGAUGAAGAAUUGGUUCAAAUGUUUUCUCUGCACAUGCCAAGACCCCAAAGAUUUUUGCUGGAACGUUCCCUCCUUGCUGGAACACUUGCUGAUUUUUGGACGGAAGCAGACCAUUUGA